CAACCCUCUGCCAGAGGGCAAGAAGGAAUCAUUUCACCUCAGUGGCAGGUAACAAACACCACUUAGCAGCAGGCUCCCUUCUUGCCCUUUUGCUUCCGCAUCCUGUCCUUAAAAUCUUUCACCACCCCCUGCCCUCGCGGUCAAAUUUGCGAUCCAUACUUGGGGAGGGGCCAAGAAACCAAGCCGUCUCUCUCUCCAACGCGCUCCAGCGCCAGGUGAAAUUGGUGGCCAGCCUCUUGGAGUUGAAGUUUCAUGUGAUUCGGCGGUCAGGGGAUUAAGGAACGUUGGUAUUUCUGGACAAUUGGAGAUGUACUCAGGCCAGCAAUCUGAUCAAUGUCCUAGUGCAAAUAGUGGCAGAGAAUUCUCCGAGGCAAAUUGGAAUACUGUCACAAUGCAUCAGAAGAUGGGCUAUAACAGUGGACCGUAUGGAUUUGGACCUUACAGUAUGGGUUUAGAAGAAAGACCAGGAUUGUAUCAAUCUUCAUCUGGUACAUUCAGUCAGAACAUCCAAAUGAGUGAUGAGCAUAGCGGGAGUGUGAAGAAGAGGAAAGGAAUGGAUGAUUGCGUUGCGAUGUUGCAAAAUGCUGGUGAUCAACAAACAGAAGGUUCUUCUCAGCCAGAAAGGAAUUCAUUGGAGGGGAACAGAAAGAUUUCGCCCAAAAUGCAAAGCAAGGAAGGUUCUUCUGAUGGCGAUGGUACUAAAGAGGAUUAUGUUCAUGUCCGGGCAAAGCGAGGCCAAGCCACUAACAGCCACAGCCUUGCAGAAAGACUGAGGAGAAAAAAGAUAAGUGAGAGAAUGAAGCUGCUUCAAGAUCUUGUUCCUGGAUGCAGUAAGAUCACUGGCAAGGCAGUCAUGCUUGAUGAGAUUAUCAACUAUGUGCAGUCAUUGCAACGGCAAGUCGAGUUCUUGUCAAUGAAACUAGCAACUGUCAACCCAGAGCUUGGUUUUGACAUUGAGCAGAUUCUAUCCAAACAAAUGAUGCUUUCACAAGACAGACAUUUUGCUUUCUAUGGAGCGGAUGCAGGAUCAAGCAGCCUUGCUUCUCAGUUUAGCCAAGGAAUCAUGCAGCCAGAAAUGAUGUGCAACAUUUCCAAUCCUGCUGAUGUUUUGCAGGGAACAAUUCAUGACGUCUCGACAAUGAACCAGAUACCUGCAAUGUGGGAAGGACUUCAAAACCUGCCGCAGAUGAACUUCAACCUUGGUGUGGCAGCCGAUAGCAGCGCCAACAACUCUGGUUCCAUGAAGAUAGAACAGUGAGCUGCCGACAUUGCUCCCAAAUUGUUCUGUG